AUGGACGUUUCCAGGCUUGAGAAACUGCUAGCGUGGGGGCUGGAGCAUGGCAUUAGACUUCCAGAGCAUGUGAAGUUCUGCGAAGCGCCAGGAAAGGGCAUUGCGGCGUUUGCCAGCGAUGAGGUUGCAAGCGGGGCCGCGUUUGAGCUCCCCCAUGAGCUAAUUUUGACCAGCGGGCUUGCGCUAGAGCACUUCAAUAAGACCAGGGAUGGCAAUAUGUGGCUCAAGUUGCUGCUGGCGAAGAUGCGCUUCGGUGGCGGGCCUGUGAACGUGCGAGGGUGCGACGUGGCAGCCAAGUUUGAGCCCUAUGUGGCCUGCCUCCCUGCUCGCGUCGGCUCGCCAUUGGAGUGGCCAGUGGAGAUGUGGGCGCUGCUGCAGGGUACGAAUCUGGGCAAGUCCGUGGGCCAGAAGCUCCUGGAAGUUGUGCAGCAGUGGCGCGACAUGCUCGCUGCGCUGGGUGCUGAGCUGGACACGGCAGUGCAGGCGCAGGCGGCGGCGGCGGCAGAAUUGCUAGCUGCCGGGGUGGCUGAGUGGCCGGCGUUCCACGCGAGGGUGGCUGGUGGGCCGGCAACGAGCUGGCUGUCUUUCCAGGCGUUCCUCUGGGGCCAUCUUAUGUUGACGUCGCGUGCGUUUCCAGAACGCGUGUUAAGAUCGGACUGCGAUGAGUCGGCAGUGGUGCUACUUCCGGUCCUAGAUCUGCUCAACCACAGUACCGACGCGCGCGUCGAAUGGUCGGGGAAAGAUGGAUUUACGAUCCGGCAGCUGCAGCCCCUCCGCCAGGGCCAAGAAGUAUGCAACAACUACGGAGGCAAGAGUAACGAGGAGCUUAUGCUGGGGUACGGAUUUGCCAUAGAGGACAACCUGUUUGACCAUGUUGCCCUGCGAGUGUGCCCCCCUGCUGCGACAGUACAGGCGAUGCUUGACGCAGGCCUUAAGUUGCCCACGCUGGACGACUACACAACAUAUGCGUUUGAAAGACACCCGGCCACCUCUUCAGUGCACGAUGCGUCUGCUUACUCAAAGGGCGUUUUGUUUCUGCUAGGGCGUAGCAACGUUGCACUCGAGCAACUUUUGGACCUGUUUGCGUUCCAAGAGGCAGCCGCCGAGGAGUGCCACAAAGCGCUUCGCUGUCGUCUGCAGGCCAUGCAGAACUUGAUAGAGUUGCUAAGAGGGCGCCUGCAUGUAAUCCAGGAAGGUGAGAUGGCGGCCGAUGAGCAAGAAACAGCGGCUAAGUCAUACCCGCAGGCAAUGGCAACUGUUCGCAUAUACCGCAAGCAACAGCAAGAGCUCCUGCGUGCAGCGGUCAAAACCCUGAAACGGUGGGAAAAAGAAACAUUGGCCGCCAUCAAGGAGAAGACCGUGGCGUUCAAGAACGUUACGAAACACGACCCUGGUUUUGUGGACGAACUUCUUCCUGCGCUAUUCAGCAGUGACGUUGAGUUUGAAAAUUACGACGACAUCUUGCUCUUGUGGAUAAUUCUACGGGGAAAGUCAUCUGUCGAAACGCCAAAGAGGUUUCAGUCGCUAUUUGCCGCGUAUGUUACGUAUGCACGGGGCCCCGCAGACCUUUCGGAAGACUUGCAGACGAUGUUUGAGAGCAAAUACAGAGCCUGGUUCCCAAAAGGUAGCAAACAAGUAUCACUGGAUGAAGUACUUGACGCUGCAUCGUUCUUUAUGCGGCACUCUUACGUUAGAGCAUCUACCGGUGAGAGCAUCAUAAUUGUAGAAUAG